UAUUGAGAGGUAGAGAAGAAAAAGAUCACCGUACCGGUGGGGGUAGACACAGAUCUGAGAAUAGUGGAAGAGGGAUCAUCGGAUUCGGCGCAAAGCAGUGGAUGGGGAAGUGCGUAAGCUGCAUUGAUUUAAUCUUAGGUAAGCUGCAGUGGCUGGUGGGCGAGGGUUAUGAUGGCUUAAAUAAGCUGAGGGUGGAGUUAGGACUUGUAAGAACAUUUCUUCUGUGUGGACGGCAUUCUUCUUCAAGCCUUGAAGACUCUGUUGAUAAAAAUGGGCAGCGUUUUUACUCUCUUCUACUUGAGGAUGGAUUGCCCCCUGCUGGAGAGGUCUCUUGUUUUCGAAAAGUUGUGCACACAUUUAGGGACCAAAUCAGAGAUGACUACAUCCGGAUCUUGGAAGCCAUGCUGCACAAUUUGCAAGGUUACAAGGACUCGGCCGGGUGCAUGCUUCGAUGCUAUUCCGCUAUGCUGGAUCGCAUAGUGGAUCGGGAUUGUUCUUGGGGUUCUGAAUUCCUGGAUUUCUUCUCCUCCUUGCUAACGAAUCUUGAUGAUAUUCUCUUCAGGGGCGAAGCCUGUAAUCCAGGAUUUGCCACACUCUUGGCGCCCCUUCACGAGAAGCUAAAGUUCUUGAAUGGUGUCUUACAAGGAGAAAUCCCGGACAAUAUCGAACAUAAGAAGCAUUGUGGAUUUUUGGCUGUAUAUACAGCUUAUCUCUGCUUCAUGUGUUGGUUUUUGAGAGAUUAUAAUGAAGUGUCUGAUUGGAUUAAACCAAACAUUUCCAUAUCAUUAGAGAAGAUUUCUGCUUUUGCUGACCAAGCCCGUUUGACUUAUUCUGGUGUCUGGGCAUCUAGAUCAUUCUCAAAAUACAUUGAUUUAAUCCUAGAUUGCUGCAAGGAUGAUUGUGGUUUGAAUGAGCUGAAGAUAGAGCUAAGACUAGCUAAAACACUUAUUUUGUGUCAAGGAUUUCGGUGUGAUGAGACUAGCCAUUUUGCAUGGAUUGUUGCUGAAAAGGCGAAGCAGUUUCACUCUCUUCUUCGUCGAUUAGAUGAUGGAUUAGCCCGAGCAGCAUCUGAUUUUCAACAAUUUCUUAGGCAAGAAAUCAGUGAAUCGUAUGACAAGAUUUCAGAUAAAUUUAUGUCUUAUGUAGAACUGGAUUUGUGUCCUUCUUUGGCCCCUUUUUUUUGGGAAGAUAAUUUCAUAGAAUUCUCCCAAUCUUUGCUAGAGAAUCUUGUGGAUAUUGCCGUCUGGGGUGAAGCCUGUGAUUCAAGACUUGAAACAUUGCUAACACCCCUUCAAAAGAAGCUAGUAUUCUUUAAGAAUCUCAUUCUCUUUGCCAGGUUGCACGGCAAAAACCAGCUGGAACUUAUGAAGUACUGUAAGACUCUAGUACCAUUUGCAGCAGGUCUUUGUUAUAAAUGCUGGUUCUUUAGAGAAGAUAAUACGGUCCUUGAUGAAAUGAGCUCACAGAUAGCUAAAUUAAUCGAGAAGUUCGAGUCUGUUGUUUACCAAGUCCGCAGCAUCUUGGUAUGCGGAUCAUCAUCGCUCACUGUGUCUACGAAGAUGCAUAUGAUUAUAGCAGGGGAAUUUGUAGAUUCUCUCCUAAGUAAUCUUUUGGAGCUACUACAACAUUGUCCUACCAGGUUUUUGGAAUCUCUGCAGCAUCAAAUGCGGAUACUCUAUGAUGGACUGCAAUUUUUGAGAAACAUUCUCAAGAAGCAACAAGAGAAGUAUGAUGGGUUACCUGGAAGAAUCAAGUGUAUUAUUGGAGUUGUGGUCAAUGAUGCUGGGGUUGUAAUUUUCUCACUUCCUCAAUAUAACAUCCCAGAAGCUUUGGCCAAGGAAAUAGAUAUUAAGCUCUUUUGUUUGCUGGGGAAGAUAAACACUAUCAAGGCAGCCGUUGAUGAAAGCUAUCCUGUAGUGCCAAGGUUCAACUUCCGUACCACUAAUGUGUUGGGGAUUAUCGAUCACCUUCUAGAUAAAUUGAAGGAACUAGCAAAUUAUAAAGUUGAUCCAGUAUCUUCUUUUGCAAAGGACAGAUCUGACUUCUUAAGAUCAUACUUGGAAAAGAAUGUGGAGCAUCCAACAGGGUGUCCUGAGCUUCAACCUCGAAACAUGCAAGAUCUUUCAUUCCUAAGGUCAUUCUUGGAAAAUAAUUUGGUGCAGCACAAACAGAAUGAAAAGCUCCAACUUCAAGCAAUGCAAGAUGAUCUAGUAUUCUUAAGAUCAUUCUUGGAAAGAAGCAGGGAGCAUCCCAACUACCAUGAAGGGCUCGAAGCUCUUUGGAGUCAUGUUGUGAAAGUGGCAUACAAGGCAGAGUUUGUUAUCGACUCGUUAAUAGUUAGAGAUGUAUCAUUUUAUUCUCUGUUGUUACUUGAUAAUGUCAGAGAAGAAAUUGUUAACCUUGCCCAGAAAGCUACCGAGAUGUCCAAAGCAAGCAAUAAGCGGACUAUUGAAGCACUCUACCAGGUGCCAUCAGAGGGUGGUAUCUCAACAAACAACAAAGCUGUGGUAGAAUUGAAGGAUGAGGCGCAAGCAAAAAUUGAUCAACUUAUAGGAGGAUCAACGCAUCUGGACAUGGUUUCCAUUGUGGGUAUGCCUGAUCCAAUUGCAAAAGGAAUUAAGCGUGUUAAGAGUGAAGCCCAAGAAGCUGCCAAGAGUUUGAGGCAUCUGACACCACAAGAGAUAAGCAAGACGAGUGGAGCAUCCUACCAGGUGUCAUCAUCGGGUAGUAUCUCAACAGUCGAUAAAGCUGAGGUGGUCUUGCAGGAUGUGGAGCAAGCAGUGAUUGAUAAACUUAUAAAAGGUCUAAAGCAGCUGGACGUCAUUUCCAUUGUGGGCGUGGCUGGACUAGGCAAGACAUUUUUGGCACAAAGAGUUUACCGUGAUCCUAGAAUUACAUCUCACUUCCACAUUCAGGCAUGGAGUUAUAUCUCCCAAACAUAUUGCAAGAAAGAUUUGUUGCUUCAGAUUUUGGCUUGCAUUGAUCAGAAAACUCAAUUUUCUGAGAAGGAUGAAUAUCAAUUGGCUCUUGAACUCUGGCAAUGCUUGUUGAGACAGAGGUUUCUUAUAGUUUUGGAUGAUGUUUGGGACAUCGAAGCGUGGAAUGCUUUAAAAUCUUCAUUCCCAGAGAAAAACAAUGGAAGCCGAAUACUCUUAACAAGUCGACUUACUGAUAUUGUUGGCAAACCUUGUAAUCUUAGGACACUUAGUGAAUCAGAAAGCUGUGAAUUACUACAGAAGAAGCUGGCAGUUAUUAGAGAAGGAGGCUAUUCUCAAGAACAAAAUCUUCUUGGGUGGAAAAUAGCAAAAACUUGUAAUGGGAUGCCUCUAUCAAUUGCCAUUAUAUCUGGUAUCCUUGCAACUCUCGGUGAAGCUGGUUGGGAAGAAGUUGCAAAAAUGGUAAGUUUAACUGCCAUGGUUGGUGCCACAGAACAAUGCCGCAGGAUACUAAAGCUGAGUUACAGGCAUCUGCCUGACCAUUUGAAGCGAUGCAUUCUUUACUUUGGAGCCUUUCGAGAAGAUCAAGAAAUUUGUGUUCGGAGGUUGACAUGGUUAUGGAUCGCUGAGGGAUUUGUGCAGAAAAGUGAGUCGGAGUGCCUAGAGAAAAUAGCAGAAGGCUAUAUAAGGGCUCUAAUCAACAGAAGCUUAGUUAUGGUAGGGCAACGAAGAUACGCAGGUGAGGUCAAGACCUGUCGCAUUCAUGAUUUGUUGCAUGUCUUUUGUGUGAAAAAAGCCAAAAAACAAAAUUUUCUGCAAUUGGUGCGAGGGUAUGAUGAGGAUCUUACAUUUGAUGAGCCAUACAACCCACGUCGAUUAUCUAUUCAAGCUCAACCAAAGCAUUUCAUCAAAUCUAGGAUAAUUUGUCCCCAGAUACGCUCUCUAUUAUAUUCAUCUCGAGAUUUUGGGGUCCGCCAACUCCGGUGCAAUUUUCGUUUCAUUUUUCUCCUGAAACUUCUUAAUGUGCUAGACUUGGAAAAUAUUAGUCUAGGUUCUGAUUUCCCGAGGGAAUUAUGGUCGCUUGUUCAACUGAGGUACUUGGCAGUUCUAGGUUGGCUCAAGAAUGGCAUUCCAUCCUCACUUGAAAUGCUCUCAAAUUUGGAAACUUUUCUCGUGAGAACAAAGGAUGAUGUUGGUCUUUCUUUGUUGCAAGAUACUCUUCUAAAGAUGCAGAAAUUGAGGCAUUUGCAUGUGUAUGGUGCUUUGAUUGAUAUUAGAUUGGCCAAUGAUAACCUUGAAAGCUCCUCCCUCUUGAACAAUUUAGACACUUUUUCAACUAUGAAGUUGUAUCUGGGGCAAAGCAUGGAAAAGAUGAUUAGAAAGUUUCCAAAUAUCCGUCAACUAAAAUGCUGUCUCGUGGAAUCAGCAGAAUUUACUGCAGACAGCAAUAGAGUCAUGGUAAUGAACUUUCUGAGUCAUCUGGAAUCACUGAAGCUGAAUUUAGGUAAAGUGACUAUGCAUUGUGUUGAACUCUAUCUCCCCUCCAGUCUACAAAAGUUGACCCUGGAGGAAUUUUCCUGGUGUAUAAUUUCCACAAUUGGAAAGCUACCCAAUCUUCAGGUUCUCAGAUUAUAUAGACAAGCUGAUGGGGAAGAGAAACAGGACAGUCAAGACAUGGAAAAUAGUGAAGAAAUGGAAGACAUGGAAGAGGAGAUAUUCUUCCCAAAACUCAAGUUCUUGAAAUUGAAAUCCUUGAAGAUAGUUAGGUGGAAAGGCUUAGGACAUUGUUUUCCCAGUCUUGAAAAAUUAGUUUUGGAUGAUUGUAAGAAAUUACAAAAGCUCCCUUCUUGUUUAGGGGAAUCUCCUCUUAAAUUGAUUGAGGUGCAUCGAUGUCCAAACUUGGAUAGGAAUUCAUUUGAAGGCAUUGAGGAACAGCAGAUGGAUUAUGGAAACAUGGAUCUGAAAAUCCUUAUCUCGGAAGAAUUUGAGGAGUCUUCUUCAUGGUCAGAUGGAGAUUCAGACGGAUGGCUACCAGAAGAAAUUGAUGAGUCUUCUUCAUGGUUGGAGAUUCAGACGGAUGGUCAGGCUAAUGAUCAUCUGCCAUAAGAGGGUGAUGGUGUGUUGAAGGUGUGCCAGCAAUGGUUGUUAAGAGUGGGAGCAAAAUUUGACAGAUUGUGGCCUAAGGUAGUAAUUUGAUCAGAGGUGUUUCAGUUCAGAACUGUCCUCUGGCUCUGGAACUCUCAUCAUUACACAAAACUGUCUUUUGAAGUUUCUUCUAGUAAUUGCAUUUUUAAGUACUUUUCAAGUUUCUUCCAUUGAGUGCUUUUUAGGGUUUCAAUAAUCUUGAUUCGAUUAUUGAAAACUAUCUUUCUUUUGCAUCUGAGCAAAUACCACACGUAGCAUAUCUAGCCACAAAAUAUCUUUUUUUUUCCCUUAUUUACAAACCAUUUGUACGAAGACUAGAUGCUGGGCAAAAGAAAAUGCCAACUUAGACUAAAUAGGGAGUUUUUGUUUUGAAGUGUCUAUAGUUAUUCUUAGGCAAAACCAUUUUGGAAUGCAAUAUCUAAAAUGAUCAAAGCAAGGAUUUUUUACAUUACUGUAUUAGGGAGUUUUUGAAACCAACAUAGUGCUAUGUUUCAAUUCGAACAUGAGAAACACCAUACAUGCUUUUUAGCCUAUUUUUCUUUAAUUGUUUGGCGUUUUUACACUUUGGGAUGGUACAAUGUGGUUUUAAAGUUAAAAACAAUUGGCGAGAGAGAGAGAGUUAAAAAAGGGGAAGACAUAUAAUCUUUUUAUUUGUAUCAUUUUGUGAUACUAAUGUUUUAAAACCAGAGAGUUAAAAGGACCAACUCGGUUGAUUUUCAAGUAGGUCCAAUCCACGAACUCAGGGCGCAAAUUUUCUUCAAAAUACCACUGUACAAGUGCCUAGAAGGAGGGGGAGCAAAAGGAAGAGUGAUGCUGGGAAUUUCUUAUAUUGGCUGGAAGGGCAAUUGGCUAUGUCCAAGUGGCCCGUGGCCAAUUCGAUAGCGUUAUGCAGUAAUCUCAGGCUCGUCGGGGGUGCAUAAAGAACUACAAGACACUUUUUCCCAACUUGAAGCUAUUCGUCAUGAGAUUCGAACUAUAUCUUUUAUGGCCACGUGGACAAUGCUGUGAAUACAUCUCCUAUCAAUGGUAUAACUUCUUCUUUUAACCUUUGUUCUUGAAUAGACUGCAUUUUCCCUUUUCAGGUUUUCACCUCAUUACACGUCCCACCCUACUCUUUUUUUUUUCCGACUUAGAUGAAACUGGGUUGGGAAAACCAGGCUGUUUGACAGGCUUGGCAUAUCCCAGAUUUGAACAAGUUUUUGUACGACAAUCCAGCCAGCAGGCUAGCUCAGAGGAUUAAACUCAGUAUUAGUUGCAACUAACCACAUCAACCUUAUGUUCUGUCAAAGAGAAGCUGCCUGCUGUAAAACGGGUUUUGCGAAUCUCCGUUGUGCUGUUCUACAUUCGCUUCUUGUAAAUACAUGAAACAUCAUUUCAAAAAGGAAUGUAUGAUGGUUUAACCCUGACCAAGACCUUGGUCUAUGCAUUGUACUGGCACCUUCCUAUUAGAUUGUGAAUGUCAGAGAUGCCCUAUGGUGCACUCUUCCUUUUUAACUGAUGAAUGUCUCAGGCUAAAAGCCGUUUUUCCUCUAGAUUUUGGUGUCUCUACCAUUCAGCCUGUUCAGAUCACUGUAUAGGCAUGUAUCUA